CCCGCUCUGUCAGGGCGGCGGCCUGGGCGUGUUCCUGCCCCGGGGGGCGGCGCGGGCGCGGUGCCGCCCUCGGGCCGGGCGGGAGCGGCUGUCAGGGAGCGGCUGGUGCGUGUGGGGCGGGCAGCCAUGCGGCGCUGGAGGCUCCUUCCCUUGGCGGUGCUCCUCGCCGUCCUGGGCCCUGUCCGAGGCAAUUUUGGGGACUUCGAUUUAGGAGAUGCACUUGAAACUACAAGGAGGCCUCCUCCAUCUCAGAAGCCGCCACCACCACCAGAUUACGAUGAUUUAGACUUGGAGCAUGCUCUUCUGCCUGAUGAUCCCAAGCCAGGUCCACCAUCAAAUCCUAGAGACACUGAUAACCCCAAGCCAGGUCCGCCUGCACAUCCUAAAGACACUGGCAACCUUGAUGAUUCAGAUCUGUACAAUGACAAUUUACCAAAAGGAGGAGGUGAUGGUAGUGGCAGCAAUGAACGAAAGGGCCCAAGUCCAAAUAAUGGCAAAGCAACUGAUGAUUCUCAGGGAGCAAUAGCUGGAAUUGUAAGUGCUGUGGUUGCUACUGUAAUUGGAGCAGUAUCUAGUUUCAUUGCUUAUCAGAAGAAGAAACUCUGUUUCAAACAAAGCGAUGAAGAGAAUGUGAAUAUGGACAGCCAUCGGGGAGCACAAUCUGAGCCACCUGUGCAGCGAACACUUCUGGAGAACUAAAUGAAAGAAAACACAAUGAAGAACAGAUCAUUGAAACUGGAUAGAGAGCCUACAUUCUGCCUGACAAAACAAAACAAAAACAAAACAAAACAAAAAAAAAGAAACAAAAAACCAUAAUGUAAACAACAGAGUCUGAAGUUGCACGAGAAAAGAGUUCUUGCUUGAAACAGCUUUGGGGGUGUGACUUAGACCUGUAUUUGUGUAUGGUUAGCCCUGUGAAGCGUUGUUGCACACCAAUAUAUGGCCUUAAUGACAGGAGUGUAGAAGUAUGUUGUGCCUUUACGUUCUUUCCUUUACUCCUCUGACAAAUGGGUGUAUCUCAAGUGCAGUUGGUAUGUUUAACUUUUCCUUACCUCUCCAAAAACAAUAAGCAAUUAAUGUUUUGCUGUGCCAUUGCUUUCUGGCAGUGCAAACAUAUUUUUUUUUUUUAAUAUCCUGUAUGCAGUGGGUGUACCAGCCAAACAACAUGGUAUGUGUUGUGGUCACCUGAAAGCAGAUGGCUCACCGUGUGUGGGUAAUCGAUCUGGGCGUGGGUGCUGCUGAUACAAUCUGUGUAGCUGCCUGGGUCAGCCACCAGGGAAGAGAUACUUGAGCAUCCAAGAAACAAAAAUUCAGUUUUUUUUUUUCAUUUUUUUUUUCGUUGCAUCUGUCUGGUACAGAUUCAGAACACUCAAACUAGUGCCUUCAUCCUUUCUGGCUCUUCCAGCUUAGCAAGUACUGAGCUGGUCAGUUGUGGAAAAGCCUGAUUUGCAAAUCAGAACCAUAAUUGGAUUUUGUACAUCCGGUGAGAUUGAUGUUCAGCACAUUUCUCAAAAUGGUUGAGGAUGAAGUAUUGGGGAGCAGGGAUUAACAUCUUCAGUCUUCCAUAACCAAAAAAUUAACAGAAAAUAACGUUGUAUUCAGGAGGCUUAUCACAUGCAUUUAAAAGACAGAAACAGUGCUACAAUUUGAAAGUACAUAAUAGCAAGACUGACCAGAACAACCCAGCCUCACACCACAAGCAUCCAUUGAACAGUAGAAAUAGCAUUUGUGUGAAGAAUGCUUUUGGACCUGUGAAGGAUUGCCUUCAGGAUGAGGACCCAUGGUUGCACCCUCCGCUGAAAACACUUGUGAGCUUUUCUGUGGCUUUUGAAAGCCACAGGAAGGUUUCAAGGAUCUGUGGAAACAUGGAAAACUGCAACUCACUUAACAGUUAAAGGACUAGUCUGGAAUAAUAACUAGUUCUGUCUGGAAGGAAUAGUCUGACUGGUUCUGUUGGCUUUCAUUCUAAUUGUUUUCAAUUUUCAUGCAAUUUUACAAUAUGUGUCUUACUAAUGUGCUUCAGCCACCUGGCAGAGUUCUACAGGAAGAUGACAUAUCAUGGAAAAUCUUAGAAGUCAUUAUGAAUUUGGAUAUUAAACAUGUAAAUAUAUCUGUACAUUCAGAUAUGAAUGUAUGCCAAGGAUAAUUCAUUUAAGAAUUUCUUGUACAUGUUUCUUAGCUUGCAACAAAGCUUUACACAGAUUUUUAGUAUUUUGUUAUGGAAUUAAUUUGUAAACCUCUUUUUGCCCCAUUUCUGCUUUUAGUAUAAAAGUGCUAAAACCUGUAAGUGUGUUUGAGGGUGGAAAAGUGAUUUUUAUAUAAACAUUUGAUCUAUGUAAAUACAAAGAAAUGAAGCGUACUGCUUACCUGCAUGAUUAAACAGGUAUCUCAUAUGAAUGCCAAGUGUAGAGGAAGCAGAAAGAAGCUAGUGAUUGUUAGGGAUAGAAUGGCAGGGGAAGCUCAAACUAGAUUUUAGCUAACCAGACUUUUGAAUCCUCCUUCAGCUUUUGCAAGCUUAAAAAUUACUUAUUAAAACUUCCUAUCAACAUUGUGAUUUUUCUAAAAAUAAAUUUUAAAAAAUGACAAA